GUGUACCCACUGGCUUAAGGUUCUCUAGUCUCUUGAUCAAAGAUAACGGAGAAUCCACAGAAGCAAAAGUAAUGAUCCCUUGAGACCAUGAUUAACGCAUAGUCUUUCAGAUCAAGUGCAACUGAAGAGGCUGGCUAUAGUUAUCACUUAUCAGUGUCACCUAAUCUUGUCCUCUUCUUUAUAACAUGACCUUCCAUUAAGGUUCUUUCUAGCCCUGCACCUUCCGCCAUCGAAGAUGGAGCAAGAAAUGGACCGAACAAAGAGAAGCACCAGAGAAGAAACUGAUCCAGAGAAAUGGGUGCUCGAUGCUUCUGUGGAUCACAGAGGCAGAUUUCCUCUUCGCGCUUCCACUGGCGUCUGGAAAGCCACCCCCUUCGUUCUCACCAUUGAAUUUAGCGAGAGAGUAAGCUUCUUCGGAAUAGCAACGAAUCUCAUCACAUACCUUACCAAAGUGAUUCACCAAGACCUCAAUACAGCAGCAAAGAAUGUGAAUUACUGGGCAGGAACAACGACCCUGAUGCCUCUAAUUGGAGGAUUUGUCGCUGAUGCCUACACUGGCCGGUUCUAUAUGGUUCUCUUUUCGUCCCUCGUAUACCUUAUGGGGUUAAGUCUCUUGACUAUGUCUCAGUUCGUCCCAAGUCUAAUGCCAUGCAACAACAAUACAAAGGUAUGUGGUAAGCCUAGGAAGGCUCAUGAAGUGGUUUUCUUCCUUGCACUGUACUGUAUUUCCUUGGGUACAGGAGGAUACAAGCCUUGCUUAGAGAGCUUUGGGGCUGAUCAAUUUGAUGAUGAUCACUCGGAAGAGAGGAAGAAGAAGAUGUCUUACUUCAAUUGGUGGAACUUCGCCCUGUGCUUCGCGUUGUUGCUUGGGGUUACUGUGGUUGUUUACAUUCAAGACUAUGUGGGCUGGGGACUAGCGUGUCUUUGCCUCACAAUUCUUAUGGCUUUAACCAUCAUAGCUUUCUAUGUUGGAAGGCCAUUUUACAGAUUCAGGAGCCCAGAAGGAAACACUUUGACACCAAUUUUGCAGGUCAUAGUUGCAGCUAUAAGGAAAAGGAACUUGCCCGGUCCUUCAAAUCCUUCUGUGUUUUAUGAAGUCCCCAAGUCCCAGGGAAGGCUUCUAAGCCAUACCAACAGGCUCAGGUGUCUGGACAAGGCUGCAAUAAUCGAAGACAAGAAUGAGGAGCAGAAAGACAUCAAUCCUUGGAGACUGACAACGUUAACGAGGGUGGAGGAGACAAAGCUUAUUCUUAAUAUGAUUCCCAUAUGGUUAACUUCAUUAACAAACGGAAUAUGCAUAGCACAGAGCACAACCCUCUUCGUGAAGCAAGCAGACGCCAUGAAACUGAACAUAACUCACAGUUUCAAGAUCCCACCAGCCUCCCUAGCCGCAGCAGGGGCUCUGGGAACCUUAAUAUCUGUCCCCAUAUACGACAGAAUCAUUGUACCAUUUUUGAGGAAAGUCAAGAAAAACGAAAGAGGCAUCAGCAUCUUACAGAGGAUCGGCAUUGGCUUGGCGUUCUCAGUUCUGGUCAUGGUAGUGGCAGCCUUAGUGGAAACAAAGAGACUAGGAACGGUCAUGUCUGGGAGUGAAAAGAUGAGUGUUUUCUGGUUGGUGCCUCAGUACUUGUUACUAGGUAUUGGGGAUUCAUUUUCUCUUGUGGGUUUGCAAGAGUACUUCUACGACCAGGUUCCUGACUCGAUGAGAAGCUUAGGGAUAGGUUUGUUUCUGAGCGUGAUUGGGGCGGGAAGCUUCUUGAGCAGCUUCUUGAUUAUAAUUGUGGAUCAUGUGACAGGGAAAAAUGGAAAGAGUUGGAUCGGGAAGGAUAUAAAUGUGAGUCGUUUGGACAGGUUUUACUGGCUUUUGACUGUGUUGGGUGCUUUGAAUUUUUGUGUCUUUGUGUUGUUGGCAAGAAGAUACACUUAUAAGGCAGUGCAGAGGAGGAUAAUUGUAACCGACGAUGGCGUUGAAGACAAAGCCACUAGGGUUUAGUUUAGCUUACCGCUACAUUUUCUCUGCUGAACCUGAUGUUGGACAUGUAAUUGUACCAGGGAAAACUAAUCAUUGAGUAGUCCCUGUUAUCUUAAUUAACAAUUUAAUCGGUUGAGUGCAAUUUAUUCCUUCAGAUUUUAAUAA